CAUGAAGACAACAAUAGUGCUUCUAAGUCUAGUAUGCCUUGGGUGUGCAGCACCUAAGGCAAAGAAGAACUUCCAGGACUACUUCGAGGAGUUCUUGGCUAUCAGUGAAGCUUUAGAAGGUGCUCAUUUAGGCCGCCAGACAGGAACUUACAUGCGGAAUUUCGAAACAUUCCGUGCGGGUCUGAACGCCAUUGACGCUCCAAUUAAUUAUCAACAACUAGCCAACAGUUUAGAACGUGUGCCCGAGUACAAAGCACUUACAGACUUCUUGAAGAAUCUGACUAUCGAUGUCAACUACUAUGUUAAACGUUACGAAGACUACGUCGCCAGAGUGAACUCAUUAAACCCUGACAAGUCAAAGAGUGGCCAGCACAGUAGACAGCGUCGUCACCCUAUCACUGGAUCUACUCUGGAUACCAGCAUCGUGGACACUGUCAGUUUGCUUCCAAGAAGACAGCUCCGUCAGCUCUUCCAUGAAAAGAUGGCUCACGAUGAAUUCUUCAGAAGCGUAAUUGAGGCAAUCAAAAGCGAUAGAUUUAAACAACUGUAUAACGCUCUUUGGGCUAAUAGAACAUUCAGAAAUGUUGCCAACGCUCUGGAAGAUAAUGCGUUAUCCCUUAAAUACCUGUUUGAGGAAUUACUUCCAGCAUUCUUCGGACAAAACACACCACUUUACGUUUCUUUCCAAAUGCAAUUUGACGAAUUUUUGGACAUCAUUAUUGCGUUGGAGGGUAAACAUUUCAUCCGUCAAGUAGUACAAGGCUACGGUAGUUUUCCAGAAUUCUUAGAAGCCUUGAGUUAUGUUAACAAUAUCAGUUUGAUAAACCUCUACCAACAGGUUGUAUCGCAACCAGAUAUGUCGCCGGUUGAUGACUACCUAAGAAAUAACGAUCUAUUUAUUGCGUACUAUAUCGAUCGCUUCCAACUUCUCGUUAAGUACUUCGCUGAUGAACUGUUAGCCGAUCAAAUGAAACAAGUUCAAAGCCACGACCAACACAAAAGGCAACGUCGCCACCCUAUCACCGGAAGGACGUUAAGAACUUGCAUUGUGGAUACCGUAAGUUUAUUGCCAAGGAAACAACUACGUCAACUGUAUGACUAUAAAUACGCUACGGACAAAGUCUUCAAAAGUACCAUCGAAGCCCUAAAGAGCGAAGAAUGGCAACAAUUUUACAAAAGCCUUUGGGAAAACAAGAGGUUCAACGAAAUUGUAUCUACAUUGGCCGAGCACGACCUGGAUGUGAAGUACCUCUUUGAUGAGUUCGGACCAGCUCUUUUCGGACAAAAUACGCCUAUCUUUUUCUCUUUCCAAAACCAGUUCGAUGAGUUUUUGGACAUCAUCGUGCAAUCAGAAGGUGAUAACUUCGUGAGUCUCGUGGAGUCUUACAUGAACUUCCCCGAAUUCAGAAGCAGCUUGGAAUUCCUCGAUAAAGUUGACCUUAGUGAUUACUACCAAACAUUUUCCCAGAGUGUGCCUGCCUUCGUAACGGUCGACAAAUACCUUAAAGGAAAUGACAUCUUCGUCGCUUACUAUAUGGACCGUUUGAAAUUAGUUGCUGGUUACAUCAACUCGAACGUGACCUUUGACGGAUUUGGAGAGGCCGCUUACACCAACAGCCGUGUUGUUUCCGUUUCUGGCACUACAAUGAGAAGUUUCAUGGAAGAUGUUGCUAAGCUAUUCCCCAAAACCAAGCUGGAUGCUUUAUAUCAAGAGAAACUAGCUGAGAAUGAGGAAUUCAUAACCGCCAUCGAAGGCUUCCGUACUGAUGAAUGGAAUGAGUUGUACGAAACUCUCUGGAGGGAUGAGCAGUUCAAGGAGUUGGCGGACCUGUUCUCUGAGAAUGACUUUAAUUUGAGAUACGUCCUUGAAAAAUUCGUACCAGCUCUCUGGGGACAAUAAGAGGUUAAUUUAAGCGUACGCCUGUUAGGUUAAUUAUUGUGACGUGAUUUUGUUAAAAGCUCUCU